AUGGUUGAGGAUCUCCUUUCAGGGAAGUCACCUCCUUGCAGGUGUGCAAAGCCUCCUGAGAUUCCCAGUUUGAAGGCUCUGGAGACUCCCCUGACCCCCCCAUCAGCUGCUGAUGGGGAUGGGUACAGCCCCACCUCUGCCAUCAGCUCUGCCCCUUCCCCCCAGACCCUGCUGGGCUGGGAGGCAGGGGCUCAGGGCAGUAUUUUUCCUGACCUCACCUUGCUGGUUUGUGGCCAAGAAAGGCUGCAGCUCACCUUACCUCCAGGUUGGGAAGGGAACACUUCCUUUGUGCUGACUGCUUGGGAUACUGAGGGGACGGCACACGCUCUGCAGAACGACUCUGACUGUGGGGUCUGAGUAUCUGGGACUCCAGCUGGCUCCAGGGAAGUCUCUGUGUCCUACACUGGCUGCUUUGUCUUUGAGUGGGAUGGCAAUUACCUCCUCCUGCUUGGGCUGGAAGGAACAGAUGCUGCUGGACAAAAGGUUCUGUGGGAAGAAACUCCUCAGGACCUUCCUGCCCUGGAUGCUCCAAGCAGCAGUGUCUGCUCUGCAGUCCCAAGGCAGGACCGGCUGCCAUGUGUCCCCUUGCCUGUCACCCAGGGGGACUGUGAAGCCCGAGGCUGCUGCUCUGACCCUCAGGACAGGCUGACCCCCUGCUACUAUGGCAGCACAGUGACAGCUCACUGCACACCAGAGGGACAGUUUUCCAUCGCUGUCUCUUGGGAUGUCACCCUGCCACCCAUCCUCCUGGGCUCCCUGCAGCUGGCCAGUGGCCACCAAGCUGGCUGUGUCCCUGCCAUGGCCACCAGUGCCUUUGCUGUCUACCACUUCCCAGUCUCUUCCUGUGGCACCACCUUGCAGGUGACUGGAGACCAGGUCAUAUAUGAGAAUGAGUUGGUGGCAUCCCGGGAUGUGAAGACUGGGGACCAUGGCUCUGUCACCAGGGACAGCACGUUCAGGCUCUGUGUCUGCUGCAGUUAUCCCAUCUCUGGGAGCCCCAUUCCCUUGGGUGUCCAGGUCUUCACCUUGCCACCCCUCCUAGCUGUGUCCCAGCCAGGUCCCCUGGCUUUGGAGCUGCGUGUGGCCUCAGAUGGAGCCUACACUUCCUACUAUGCUGACAGGGUGAGGGACCCUCUUUAUGCAGAAGUCAGGCUCCUUCAGAGAACAGACCCAGACCUGGUUCUGGUGCUGCAGCACUGCUGGGCCACCCCCAGCAGCACUGCCUAGCAGCACCAGUGGCCAGUGCUGGUGGACGGGUGCCCUUAUGCUGGGGACAACUACCAAACAGAGCUGGUGGCCCUGGGCCAUGCCUCAGGGCUGCUCUUCCCCUCUCACCACCAACGUUUCACCCUCUACACCUUCACCUUUGUGGACUCCUCUUCCCAGGAGAUGCUCUCUGGGCUGGUGUACCUGCACUGCUCCCUGUGCCACCAGUCCCUCCAGCAGCCCUGCACCACCACCUGCCCUCCCAGAACCAGGGGUAAAAGGACCGCUGGGCACCCUCCUGGGGACACUGAGCAUCCUCCUGGGGACACUGAGCAUCCUCCUGGGGAUGCUGCCUCCCGUGUCUCCAGCAGAGGUCCUGUGAUCUUCCUCCCGGAGGAGCUGAGAUGGGAGCCAGGCAAGGAUGACCUUGGAGCAGCUGCAGCCCCCUGGGCUCUGGUGUUUGCAGGCCUGGGGCCAGCUCUGGGCAUGGUGCUUGUGGCUGCUGUGCUGUGGGGAAGGAAGAGCUCUGGGAGGCAGGAGAUCCAUGGCCUGCAAUAA